AUGUUCCAGGGCUCUCCUCUGGAGUCCGCGGAGGUCCUUCGUGAGGACGCCUCUCUGGUUGUGAUUCGCCGGACUUUGCCGGAAGCUGCUGCCAACUGUUUGCAGGAGGCGCGCAGAGAGGUUGCGAACAUGCCUCCAGGGCGCCUGCAAGAAGUCAGGGACAAGAUGCCGGGCGUUCCAGCCCUUGAUGUGCUGUCUGCCGUGUUAAGCCUGCUCGAUUGGAGAGGCAACCACUCUUGGGCGUCGAUGAGGAAGUUUUUGGGUGCCAAUGAUGUGCAGUCAAAGCUGCUCGAACUCGAGCCCCACCAAGUAAGCUUCGAGAGCCAGCUCGCCGUACAGCAGGCUGUGCAGCAAAAUUUCAUGAGCUUCAGCUACGAGGUCAUCUGUAGAUACAGCCCGGAGCUGGCACCCCUUGCAGCCCUGGUGAGCGCUUUCUUGGAGUGCUGGGCAGCCUGA